AUGUCGGACGAGUACGAUACUGUAGCGCCACCAGAUGUGAAGCGAAUGAAGACAGAUGAAACUGUGGAACGAAAAAGGAUAUUAUAUGUGGUUCUUGAAGGGUGUAGUCUUGAAUCCGGAAAGGUAGGAAAGGAUUAUGUUAUCUUGUGUAGCGAUAGACAUGCCACCUUCUUACGGAAAAACAAGAGGGAUCCAGCAGAGUAUCGUCCAGAUAUCUUACAUCAGUGUUUGCUGAAUUUGUUGGAUAGUCCAUUGAAUAGAGCUGGUUGCUUACGGGUGUUCUUCCGUACUAACAAGAAUGUCCUUGUACAAGUAAGCUCACAAUGUCGGAUUCCUCGAACUUUCGAUAGGUUUUGUGGUCUUAUGGUACAGCUUCUCCACAAAUUGGUUGUUAGAGCUGCUGACAGCUCCCAGAAAUUGCUAACGGUAGUCAAGAACCCUGUUUCAAAUUAUUUACCUGUAGGAUGUCGGAAAAUCUUGAUGACUUUCAAUACCGAGGAAUUGAUACUGCCGAACAAGCUUGUUCGUGCAGAAGAGGAAGCACCCCUUGUGGUGGCGAUUGGAGGCAUCGCCAAAGGUAAGAUAGUAACGGAUUAUACUGAUCAAGAAGUGAAGAUAAGCAACUAUCCACUAAGUGCUGCCCUAACAUGCGCAAAGGUCACAAGUGGUUUAGAGGAGAUUUGGGGAAUUGUCUGA